CAAUAGGAAUACAUAUUGAACUAAGAGCUAAGAAACGAACUAAACAAUAUUGAAGAACACUAAAAAUUCAGAUAAAUAAUGGAUUAGUUUUUAAAAGAAUUUAUGGAUAAUCCCUAAUAAGCUAUUUAAUUUCUGAUAGAUAAAAAUCUAUGUGAUAAUACACCUGAAGAUAUAGCCUACAUGUUGCUGACUACAGAAGGUAUUAAUAAGUAAUAAUUAGGUUAGUAUUUCGGAAAAAAUAAUGAAAAAAAUUAACUUAUUUUAGAAGCUUUUUGCAGUCUACUUGAUUUUAGAGAACUCAAAUUUGACCAGGCUAUAAGAAUGUUCCUUUCUAGGUUUAAACUACCUGGCGAGUCAUAAUAAAUUGAUAGAAUUGUAUAGAAAUUUACUAAAGUAUAUACUUUGGAUAAUCCAGGAGUUUUUACAGAUUAGGAUGUACCUUAUAUUUUAUGUUAUUCAGCUAUAAUGUUGAAUGUAGAUGCCCAUUCAAAUAAAAUAGAAAAAAAAUAUAAAAUGACUAAAGAAAAAUUCACCCAAAAUAAUUUAGCUUGUACCAGAAAUGCAAUUUCUAAGGAAUUUCUGGGAGAAUUAUAUGAUAAUAUUGUAAAGGAAAAAUUUGAAACAAAAAUAGACUAUAUAGAAUAGAUUAAUAGAAUUUCUAUAGAUGAGCUUAAGAAUUAAGAUAUUUAAUAGUUAGUCUGUUUUUUAUAAGGAGGGGUCAAUAUGUUGAAAUAUGGGAGGAAAGGGAAACCUCAUAUGAGGAAGAUUUUUUUAAGCCAAAAUUUAGAAAAAAUCAUUUGGAUGGAAUGCGAUUUUGUAUAUAAUAAUAAUAAUAAUAAGAAAGGAAGAAGGGAAAGAUUUAUUUUAGUAAAAGACUUAAAAGAUAUUUGCCUAGGAGCCGGAUCUACGGAAGUUAUGAGACGAAAUAACAUACCGGAAGAGUUUGAUUAGUUUUGCUUGUCUAUUAUUGCUAGUUAGAGGAGUUUAGAUUUAAAGGCUAAUGAUGUUUAAACACUUUUUAAAUGGGUUUUUUAUAUUUAUCAUGUUUUAAAUGAAAAGAGAGAGGCAAAAAUUAAAAAAUGA